GGGCUUGAUCGACUAUCUCCACCUGAAGCCAGCCGUCAUCACGUCAUUCUAUCCGAAGUUGAGGGCUAACCUGACUUCUUGGAGGGCAAAGGCGCUGUGGAAGAAGUUCGAUGCUCGGGCUUCGCACAAAUGCUACCAGAAGGGGAAAUUAGCGGCCGGCACCAGGGUCCUGAUCAUCGGCGGAGGACCCUGUGGUAUGAGAGCAGCCAUUGAAGCACAGCUGCUUGGCGCUAAAGUGGUGGUCGUAGAAAAACGCGACAGGUUCUCCAGGAACAACGUGUUGCACUUGUGGCCGUUCGUCAUCGAGGAUUUGAGGAUGCUCGGCGCAAAAAAGUUUUUUGGUAAAUUUUGCGCGGGCGCAAUCGACCACAUUAGUAUAAGACAAUUGCAAUGCAUUUUAAUGAAAGUCGCCUUGCUGUUAGGGGUCGAAGUGCACACCGAAGUCAGCUUCGAGAAGCUCAUAGAACCGAGUGCGACACAGAAGACAGGUUGGCGAGCUGAAUUCAAGCCGGCAAACCAUCCAGUGUCUCUGUACGAAUUUGAUGUGAUAAUCGGAGCGGACGGCAAAAGGAACACUCUACAGGGUUUUUCUCGUAAGGAAUUCAGAGGCAAACUUGCUAUUGCGAUAACUGCCAAUUUUAUAAAUAAGAAGACCGAAGCAGAGGCUCGCGUCGAAGAAAUCAGUGGUGUUGCUUUCAUAUUCAAUCAGAAAUUUUUUAAGGAUUUGCUCGCGGAGACGAGAAUAGAUUUGGAGAAUAUAGUUUAUUACAAAGAUGAUACUCAUUAUUUCGUUAUGACUGCUAAGAAAGCUAGUUUGAUUGAGAAGGGGGUGAUAAAGCAGGAUUUAGCGGAUACUGAGAGACUUCUAGCACCGGAGAACGUAGACAGAGAGGCCUUGCAGCAGUACGCUAUUGAAGCUGCUAAUUUCAGUACGAAUUAUCAAAUGCCUAAUUUAGAAUUUGCAGUAAAUCAUUAUGGCCAGCCAGAUAUUGCGAUGUUCGAUUUUACUUCCAUGUAUGCAGCAGAGAACGCUUCUAAAGUACUCGAACGAAACGGCCAUCGAUUACUUAUGAUAUUAGUGGGGGACAGCUUACUAGAGCCAUUCUGGCCAACGGGAUCAGGAUGUGCAAGAGGUUUUCUUUCAUCUCUUGACGCCGCUUGGGCCAUUAGAUGUUGGUCGAUGAGCUCUUACAGUCCCUUAGAAGUUAUAGCGGAGCGAGAAUCCAUUUAUAGACUACUUGCUCAAACAACACCGGAUAAUCUCAACAAAGGCUGGAAAUCCUACACCGUCGAUCCUUCCACGAGAUAUCCGAACCUCAAUAAGAGUGUCGUAAUGCCUCACCAAGUGGUCUGCCUCUAUGACACGGAUAAUCCUAAUAGCAUCGAUAGGAUGAAGCGAAUUUCGGAUGAGAAACCCACCGACGUUCCUAAGAAGAAGAAGAGGAGAGGUAACAUCGAUAACGAAUUAUUGCUCAAUUGGUUGACACAACAGCUCAAAUGGGAAGAAAGCAUCGUUAUAAGUGACAUCAAUUCAGUCUUCAGAAGCGGCAAAGUUUUAUGUGCAAUAAUACAUCACUACAGGCCUGAUCUUCUAGACUACAGUGCAAUCAAGAAUGACGAACCUGCCAAGAAUAAUCAAAUAGCUAUCGAUUUGCUAGAGAAGGAGUUGGGGAUACCACCUCUUAUGACGGGAGCGGAUAUAACCAAUACAGAUGACUACUUAACAAUGGCCAGUUAUCUCGCUGAAAUUUAUGAUGCAUUCAGAGGUGAAAUUCCUCACAUAAGAUUGCCGAAACUGAAACUUCCUUCAAGAAUUCCCAAACCACUCGUCCUACCCAAACCCAAGUCCUCUUUAAUUAUACGUCAUACGAAAAAGGAAACAAAACCUUGUAAGAAAUGUUUUGAAGCGUACAAUUCUGAAAUAAAAACUUAUCCCUCAAAUCAUCCUGAAAGAAAAACAACCCAGACCGCAAAAUCAAACGCUCAGUUUCCAGAGAAAAAUGUCAAAAUAGAAUCGAACAAGUCUGAUGUUAAGGACAAGUUUAGAAGAUUAUCGAGAAUGCCUAGAGCUCAUCCACCUUCUGUUAAAAAGAAGCAAAGCAAUGAAAGUCAGUUUGAUCCAAGAAGGUCUGAGAAAGUUGACAAAAAGCGUAAAUCAACAAUCAAGUCUGCAAAAGAAACGCCGAAGGAAAAGACAAAAAGUAUGGGUGUUGACAUUGUUGAAGUAAAGGUUCCUCCUCCUCCGCCUAUCAGGAUAGAAAGCAUCUCAAAGAGUCAGUUAGUACCACGUGACGACAUAGAAGAGAAAUGUCUUCAAAAAAUCGUGGCCCUGAGGAACGAGAAGCUGAAGAGUUUCAUGACCAAACUAUUGUUGAAGAAGAAGAAAUCGAUGUUGAAAAAAUGUACUCUAUCGGUGAUUUCGGAAACUAACAUUGACAUUGCGAAUGGCAAAGAACCACUGAACUUGAAUAGUCACAACAGUAAAAUUCCAGUUCAAAGGAAAGAACCCAAAUGCGAGAUUAGCGAGAAUGAGAGCAAGGAAGAGACGGAGAAGACCUUUGAGGAAAUUAGGCUUGACAACGUGGAUAGUCAUAAAAUGGAAUCGCGAUAUUUCGAGAGUUCCGCUACGGAGUUUAGAACCGGCACCGAAUCUUCUCUUUGUAACGUAGCUACAAUGUUCAAUAAAGGACAAGACUGCGUAAAUUCUGCUUCCGAACGGUUCGAACAGACAGAAGAAUUGCUGGUGGAGGAACGUCUCAGUUCGGAAAGGUGCUGUUACGAAGCAAAAUCAUCGAGCAGAGUUCCCAGCAGUGAAAGUUUGAUCAAAAUCCGCUUGAUAGAGAAAACGACUCGGAACAAAUUCACUCUGCAAAACAUAGAGUACGUAUCUUCACUGAACCAGCUAACGAUUUCGUCCAAAGUCGGUAUAUCCCAGCCGAGACAGCAGCAAAGGGUGCUCGAGCUUCAAUCAAAGCUGCGUUACACCAAGUGCUCAAAUGGUCUGCCCAAAAGUUGUUCCGUGCCCGCCGAGCUGUGUGGUCUAGCAGGCAGUCUGAAGCAAACGUCAAACUCCAGAUGUCAGUCACAGUUUCGUUGUCAAACACGUAAAUUUCCGUCCAAGAAAGGUACCAUGAACGAGGGCGACUGCAUGCACAACCAGAUCUACAGCAGGGUCUCCAACUGGAUCAGCUCGAACGACUUUCUGUCGCAGGACAACAGCAAAGCCGACACCGACGUCGACACCAUCGUCUCCAACAGCAAGAUCACCGACAUCACUUCCGUUUCGAAGAUGGACCAAUACGACGGGGUUAGGGUGGAAGAGAGGACGGACGUGGUGAAUUUCUCGCAGGGCUGCGAGGCUCCCGUUUCCUCCGAGGAAAAAUUCGCCGAACGGUUGAAGCACAUCAACAACAAGUCGGUGAGGACGCUGUCGAAGUUUUCGCAGUACUCCCCCUUCCAGUACGGCGGCAACCUGAAGUCUGCGUCGGCGCCCCCCACGCAGUUUUCCGUCAUCGUCGAGGGAGAGGAAUCUGAUUUGCCUGAAAGUGUGAAAAUUAGUGAGGUAUCGUUCAAGACCAUUAAAACGUCCAGUGUUCAACCUCAGACAGGGGGUCAACUGUCAAGGCCUUCUAGCAGGCAGCACAAAAGACAUGCUGAAGUUUUGUCUCAAAAAACGUGUAAUGUGGAUAGAAAAACAAGGAAACGUAGAACACUUGAGAGAGUAGGAGCCAGUGUGGAUCACGACAACAAAACAUCAGGUCAGACGUUUCGAGGCGGAGGAAAAGACGAAGAUUUGGCAGCUAGGAUAAAAAGUUUAGAAAAUAAAUGGAGAGAUCCGGUUCCUGUAGAUAAGAAACCGAAAGACUUGUUAAGGGCUAUAGGAAAAAUAGAGACAUCAGACUGGAAUAUUAAAGAAAUCGAGAAGAAAAUCCAAGAAAACAAGAUGGGGAAACCUUCCAAAGCUUUUGAUAGAGAGAAAGUUCCGAAAUGGAGCAAAGAGCAGUUUUUAGCUAGGCAGACUAAGAUGGAGAAACAACAUCUAGAUAGGCAGGAUAGUGUAGAAGCAAAAUACGCAGAUAUAGAUAAAAGUAUAAAGAAUUUGGAUCAGAAACUGAAAGAGGGCACAGUAAGGGAACUGGGUACCAACAAGGUCGCAACCAUAACUGAAAAGUUGACAAGCAAAGUACCUCCUGAUCCGAAACCAGUGGAGAAGAGCGUACCUCGUCCUCUUCCUGUGUUACCUACUCAAGGUUCGGAAAUGUGUCAUUUUUGUGGGAAACGCGUCUAUCUUAUGGAGAGACUCUCAGCCGAAGGAAGAUUUUUCCAUCAUGGCUGUUUCAAGUGUCAAUUCUGCUACACUCAACUUCGUCUUGGAUCUUACGCAUUCGAUCGUGAUGGACAGUACGGCUACAAAUUCUUCUGUUUGCAACAUUUCGGAAUGGUUAGCAUAGCGCCAACUGUGAAAGUAACAAGAAAACCAUCCCAAAGGGUUCUCAGCGAACAAAAACGAAGUCCAGAAAAGAAAUUGCCUUCGGGUAUAUCUGGUGUUGAUUUGCUCGAUAAAGUACACACUCCAGAGAGAAUUGAAUUCUCGAACCUCUCCGUCGACCAUAUAUCUUCAGAUCAGGAGGAUUCUUUAAGCCAGAUGGAUGAAGAUGAAUGGACAGAUAAGAACUUUGGUGCUUCUUGCGCGGAAUUGGAUGAUAGUGAUGACGAUUCUUCUAGCAUGAGCGACACAGAUAGUGACGAUGAAGAUGCUUUCGACGAUGCUCUGGAAGAACCUGUAACUAAAGAAGGUACGAUGAAAUGGGCCGAACGCUGGAAGAACAGCUAUUCCAGGAAAAAGCGGAAUUCUGACUCGAACGAAUUCAGCAGCAGUGAUCAGUCUAGCUAUUAUGAAAAUACUUCGGAUGUUAUCAGAAAAUUGCUUCUAUUCAAACGCUUUAUGAAACUUAAACUCAGAUCAAGCAGGCGUAAAGACGAAUCUGAUACCGCCACCGAAGGUGAGGAAGAGAUACGAGCGCGCGAGUUGCGCAAAAAAGAAGUGUGCGUGGAACCUCCCAUCGUUCAUACAGACACUGGCACUGAUACUGAGAUCGUUUCCGACGAAACCAGUUCGGAAUCGUCCAGCGAAAUCCACAAUUCCGCAACGGAGAUCUCAACCGACUCGGAGUUCGCUCAGGAUGAUCCGACGCCGACCAGAGAGAUCCCGUCCAUCGUUCUGAACGACUUCCAUGUGACGAAAACGAGAGGCAGCGGCGGCGCCCCCAAGAGAAUUCAGGUGACGACCGGCUUCCUCCAAAGACCUUCGAACGGCAAAUCUAGAAAGCCGAAUAUCGAACUAAAGUUGAAACCUCUAGUACCUCAUACACCCAUCACAACCACCGUUAAAAAACCUGCACCAGUUUUGCUAUCACGUACCGAGGGUUAUGCUUUGAAUCGCACCCAGAGCACGGGGGGCAUCGCGGCUAAGGUAUCGCUUGAACUUAAGAAAAAGUAUUUGUUAGGGGAGCAGGCGGCGGGCAGUAUACAGAAAUCGGGCAGCGCGAGCACUCUGGACACGAAGUUCAAGAGUUUUCACACCAACAUAUCCGACUGUCAGAAGCUGCUGAAGCCCGCUACGGAGAUUAGCGCGAGUAUGCAGACGUUCUGCAACAUUCUCAACGAGCGAAAGUCGCCAGUACUGUCACCGCAAUCUUCCGCGGUUAAACUACCCGAGGCGCCGAAAGAAGAAGUUCCUCCAGUCGAAGCAAAGUCCGCGGAAGAUACUGAGGAGUUUGUGAACGUAUCCCUAGGUCGCCCUCGAAGCCCGGUUCACGAAACAUCUAUCAUCGUGCCCCAGAUCGACUGGAGCAAGAGCCACCAAAGUCUUUCCUCGGACAGUUUGGCAUCUUCGGACGACGAGGCAACGAAACCCGUACCACGCGUCGAAAUUCACACCGUCAAUGACGAAGAGCCUAACGACGACUUUGUACCUGACUCGCUAUGCGUAGAUAGCAAAACCACGAGCGUGGAAAAGUCCAUAAGCAGCGAGAAAAAGGCGCUUAAUCAGCCGAAGCCGCUCCCGAACUUGGAGAACCUAUUGCCCGAAAUUCACAACUCGCUGCACAUCAAAUAUAAGAAGAAGGAUGAAGCAAUUGAAUUGCCAAAACCGGACACUAAGUCGCUCAGCGGGGUUAGUUCCCCAGAGUCAGGGACGGAACAAGCCACAGCAGCCUUGACAGAGACAGAGCUUUCUGAUUGGGCCAGAGACGAACUAGCAUCCGACGAAUUUGAAUACGCCUACUUCGAGCCCGGUGUUCAGGAAUCCGGGAAGAUUACAAAAGAUAAAGAUGUGAAUGAGCUGAAAAACAAAACGAUCAUUACGGAGGCUAUGAACAAUAUCCUUUCCGGCAAUUUAGACAACAUCGAAUUCAUGGACACCGGGACAGAAACUAGCAGCGACGAUGGCGUAGUCGAUAGUCAGAACGGGUAUGUUUUGUUCAAAAACGACUGCGAGUUCACGGAGGACAGCCUGAGCCCGAACGUGAACGAUAUCGUGGAAGCGGUAAAUAUCGACGCCGAUAAAGUCCUGGAUAAUUCUCAAGCUCUCAAGAAUAUCAAACCAAAGGACCACGAAGAAGACAGUUUGGUUGUGGUCGAAACGGGAACUACUACGGAGGAAAACACUUGCAGCGACUCCACCGUGAGGAACGUUACCGAAAUAGGCGCUGACCAGCGUAUGAUUCAAGACAAUAAGGAAAUCAUAAAGCUUUCGUCGGCUGAUACAAUCCCGGAGAAGAAUAAGGAAAACCUGGAUGCCAACAACAUCGAGUUCGAGGAACAUUGCCAGCGGCUGCAGUCGAGAAUCGAGUUUGGAAACGUCAAAGACUCAAUCGAUGUGCGAAAAUCGAGGAGAAAGAGCAAGCCGGAUUUGAUCCAGGAGGAUGUUGGACUUCAGUUAGCGAUACCGAAAGGCAUUACAUUGAAUUUAACUCCUACUCAUACCCCGGAUAUUUUGUACAAUAAAGAAAUACUCAAGAAAGAGCGUGAUACGAACCAGAGGGUUGUCCAGGAAAUGGUUAUGAACAGGAUGAAAGCUGAGAAUAAGUCGCUAGAACGGAAAAGGAGAAAGAAUCCGCUCUCUCCUUUCGAUUUGACAAAGUCGGCCACUACGGAUUUGGUUUCUCAGAUAAACUCCAACAACCUGAAUAAGAGUGUAACCAGUGGAUCCAGUAACUAUAAUACUCCAGACGUGCUCCUUUCCACUAACUAUCCUCUGCAGAAUUCAAAAACAGUUAAUGUAGCUGGUUAUAAGGUAGAGACACCUGUAGAUAAAAAAGAGCCGGAAAAACAAGUUUCCAACCCCGAACCUGACACGCCUAAGGCCCCGCCCAGGCAGCACAGAUCAAGUUCCGAUACUCUCAAAAUAACAGACAAGUCGAAACAGACCGUCAAACUGAGAGACAAGGAGAUCGAGAAUCUCAACCCAGCCGAACCAGAGUUGUCUGUGAUAACCCCAGUAAAGAGAAAUUCCUGGCUAUACUCCAACACGCCGAUAAAGAGAAAUAUCUUCAGGAGAAGCCAAAGUGGCAGCUACGAAACCAAUCAUUCACCUCAAGCUCCGGUUGGCGAAGACGUUACUAAUCUAUCCGCUAGGACGAAGUCUAUACCAGAUUUUCCUCAGAAAAUUAUACUUGUAGAGCAAGAUGGUUGUGAGAAUGAGAGGGACAAGAUAUUCAAAUCCGAUCCGAAUAUUUUAGAAUCGACCGGAGGUAAAAGUAAGAAGAAGAGCAAGGACCGCGAAAGGCGCAAAAGCAUCACAAAACUGAUAACUACCCUUUUUACAAAGAAAAGUCCGAGUUCAGGCAGUUCGAAAGGGUUGUUUUCGAAAUUGUCACCCACCAAGAAGGAAGUUUCCAAGUCAUGCGCUAAUCUGGAGAUGAAGGAAGAUUCAGUAACGAUAGAACCAAUUCGAAAGAAAAGCUUUUCAGAAGGUUUUAUCAAUAGAAACUUGGUUACCCCGCCACCUGUACCGCCACUGCCAUUGAAUUACGUGGUUAGAAAAACUGAUGAGAGCUCGGAUGGGGAACAUGAUAGAAAACAUGAUCACAGCUCUUGCGACACUCUCGAUAAUACCGGUAUGUUUGAACAAUCCACUUCAAGUCUUACUGGAAGGAGAUCGAGUAGAUCAGCAAAGAGGGCUAGUCGACAGGUUCAACAUAAAAGACAUCGUAUGGCUCAAGAAAUACAACGAAAGCUCGAGGAAACUGAGGUAAAAACCAAAGUACUUGAACAAAGAGGCGUAAUGGUUGAAAAAGCCCUGAGAGGAGAAGACAGCGGAUCUUGUUCUAAAGAUGAGUGCGAUUUGCUGCAGGAAUGGUUCGAUUUGAUGCGAGAUAGAACAGAGCUCAGAAGGUACGAAAGGGAGCUCACCGUUAGAGCCCAAGAGUUAGAAUUGGAAGACAGGCAUGCCAGGCUACAGCACGAGCUUCGCGAGAGGAUAGAACUUGAUAAAGAAAAAACUGAAGAGGAUGUGAAGACUGAAGAAAGUAUUAUAAACGAAAUGAUCAAUAUUGUUGAAAAGAGGGAUUCCUUAAUAGCUGAAAUAGAAGAAGAUCGUAUAAGGUAUUCGAAUGAAGAUCGUGAUUUAGAGGAACAAAUGCUUGCUAAGGGAUUGAGGUUGACGCCUAUUAAGAAAAGUCAUGAAAAGUAAUGUAUCUAGUAUUUAAUAAGUUUUGUUACAAACUUAUCUGAAUUUAAAAUCGAAUUGGCAAUGACAGCAGUUUUCUACUGUUCAAAAAUAUAUUCAUUUACAUUUUUACAAGUAAACAUGGUCGAGUUUGGAAAAUGAAUAAAUAUAUAAAAAUUAUUUAUUCGCUGACUGUUGUCAUGGUUUGAUUCAAGGUGAAAGUAUUCUUUGCUAGUUUAUUUUUAUACUUGUGAACCUAAGAUUUGAAAGUGAUAUAUUAGCUAUUUUAGUAUAUUAUAUAUUUAGGUAUUACUCAAUAAUAUUGAAGAACCUUCAUAAUCUGUCAAAAUAUUACAAUUUGUAAAGUUUUGGGAUUAAAAAACUUAUUCGUAUUAUAUAAAUAAUAUUCGUGUUAAUUUUUUCCCAAUGAAAAUCAUAAUUCAAGAUUUUUAAUAUUCAAUUUUAUUCAACUAUUUAUAUACAGUAUUCAGUUUCUGCUGAUAAUGAAGGUUCUAUUCAAGUGAAAAGAGUUGAUUUAGAAGAAACAUAUUUCCAGAUUCAAUUAUAUUUUGAAUACAUUUUUCUAAAUCAUCAUCAUUUAGAAUAUUUCUGAAAUCUUAUUGCAUAAUGAUUUUCCUAAAUAAUACUUGUUAACUCAGAUUAGGAAUACAAAAAUUGUCGAUAUAUUUUAUAAUUUUUCAGCAUAUACAAGUUCAUUAUUAUCUUGAAUAUGUAGAUUUUUCUCCAUUUUCAAGUAGCAGUAUUCAGAUCUAUCAUUAUUGUGGCAUAAUACCAGAUGUAUGACAAAGAAUUUUUUUUUAAAUAGAAAAUUCAAAUAAGUUGAGUGAGUUUUGCAUGUUUUGUAUUAUUGUACCAAGAUAUUUUUAUAUACAAAAUAAUAGUGUUAAAAUCAGCAUGAUAUAAUUAUCAUUUGAACACAGCUAAAUUUAUCGUAAAGUGGGAAAUAUUUUUAAAUUUAUUUACCACAGAUUCCAUACUCUAGAUGGUUCUCAUCAGAUUUAGUAACAAUAUUUAUUAACCCAAUUUAUUAUGCCAAGCUCUAAAAUAUAUGCAUGUAUUUCAUUUGAAUUAAUUCUAAAGGCAUUUGGGAUCCUCAUUGUCAGAAGAUAAAUUUGAAAUUGUGUCCAAAACAAACACUGUUCCUUAACACCAGAACUGCAAGAUUCUUUACGAUGCGCGUUUCACCGGCCAAGUUGUCGUCUUCAUUACCGUACUCCAUCUCCUGAAGACGCCAACUCAACUGGUGAAACGCCUAGAAAAGAAUUGCAGUUCUGGUGUUUGGGAUAAGUGCUUGUUUUAGAUUUAUUCAAUGCCAGAGGUUCCAGUUUUAGCCGUUAUUGAAACAGUGUCCUAUUUAGUGUUAUGUAAUAAUCAGAUAACCCAUCCAAAAAUAUCUUUACGUAACUAAAAUAUGAAUAGUACUGUGCAAUUGAAUUUGAACCAAGUGCAAGGCUUAACAAAAUAAAUCAUAACUAGUCUCUCAAUGUAAUAUUUAUUUUAGAUAAUUUAGUUAGUAAUUGAACAAAUUUAUUGUGAUUAUUGAAAGCAUUUUUCACUGAGGAAUUGUAAAGAAUUGUACAGAUUAUAUACUUUUGUGAAUGCAUUUCAGGUGUGUGAAUAAAAGGCUUUUUAUACCUCA